AUGGCUGGGAGAAACGAUGCUGCGAUUGCUGCCGCCUUGGAGGCUAUGGCUCAGGCUUUGGCAAAUCAGCCAAAUGCUAAUGAGAAUGCUGGAUCCCGCAGUUUGGCGACUUUUCAGAGGGAGAAUCCGCCGGUCUUCAAAGGCAAGCAUGACCCCGACGGCGCAUUGGAGUGGUUGAAGGAGAUUGAGAGAAUCUUCCGCGUGAUGGACUGCACUCAGGUGCAGAAGGUUCGGUAUGGAGCUCAUAUGUUGACAGUCGAAGCUGACGACUGGUGGCUAGAGACUCGUCAGAGAUUGGAGGGGAGUAUGUCAGUGACAGAGUAUGCUGCAAAGUUCACUGAGUUGGCUAAAUUCUACCCGUAUUAUAAUGGGGCGGGUGCUGAGUUUUCAAAGUGCAUUAAGUUUGAGAACGGAUUACGCUCUGAGAUCAAGAAAGCUGUUGGGUAUCAGAAGAUUCGUAUCUUUCCUAAUUUGGUUGAUAGUUGCAGGAUUUAUGAAGAAGAUCAUAAUGCACAUUACAAGCUUGUCAAGGAUAGGAGAGGUAAGCAGAACCGUAGCACACCUUAUGAUGCUCCAGUUGGAAAGGGAAAAGCAGAAGUGGCUAAUGGCAAGAGAACUAGUGGGGGAGGAGCUCCUGCUAGCGUGAUUUGCUUCAAAUGUGGAGAACCUGGCCACAAGAGUGAUGUAUGUACUGCUGGGGAGAAAAGAUGUUUCCGUUGUGGUAAGACAGGACACGUAACUACUGAUUGUAGACAUAAGGAAGUUAUUUGUUUCAACUGUGGUGAAGAAGGGCAUAUUAGUAGCAAGUGUCAGAAACCGAAAAGGGAACCAGGAAGUGGAAAAGUAUUCGCUUUAGCUGGGACUCAAACAGCUAAUGAGGACAGGAAUACCGGAGGUGCGUAUUUCAUUAGUAAUACUUUAAUUACUAUCGUUGAUUAUUGGUGCUGCUAG